GCUACCUUGGUGGCGACGCCCAUCGCGCUGCUCUAGACAUCAGAGCUGGGAAGCAGUCGGUCAUUCCAACGACUGCCGAGGGGGAGGCUGGAUGCACAAACAGCCGCUUCAAGAUGCAACGUGAGAGAUCUGCUGGCUGGAACGUCCUCGAAAUGUGCCGACCAGCCCUGGUGACACUUGCAGCGUUGCUCUGCUUAUCAACCUGCGUAAAUGGAGGGAAAGUUUUGGUGUUCCCUGUGGAUGGAAGCCACUGGAUCAACAUGAAGGUCAUCAUUGAGGAGCUCGAUGCCGGAGGCCAUGAGGUCACAGUACUACGACCGUCAGACUCCUGGUACAUCAAGCCAGACUCCCCCCACUACACGGCUAUCACAAUCAACUCCCCUGUUGGUUUUGAUAAGGAACAAUUUGGGUCAUACAUAACAAGAACACUAAAAAUGCGGCGCCAAGGUUCUUCAUUUUGGAAUCGCAUGUCUCUGGAGUAUGACCUAAUGUAUCAGUUCCAUGAGAUGCAUAAGCAGAUGCUUCAGAUGAUGGAAGACAUGUUUGAAAACUCCAAACUGAUGCAGAGCCUCCGUGAUGCCAAAUAUGAUUUGGUUCUUACAGACCCUGCGAUUGGUGGGGGUGUGCUUCUGGCUCAUCGUCUGGGUCUUCCUCUUGUUUUCAAUGUCAGAUGGACUGUUCAGGGUGAAGGGCAUCAAGCAAUCGCACCCUCCCCGUUGUCUUAUGUACCAUUACCAGGCUCAGAGCUCACUGAUAAAAUGACAUUUAAUCAGAGGAUCAAGAAUUUAUUAUUUCAUUUCUUUGGACGUUUGCAAAUGUGGUACAUCACAGAUUCAAACUAUAAACCUUUUGUCCAUCGUCACUUUGGCAGUCAUGUACAUUACAUGGAGCUGUUUCAGGCCGCUGACAUCUGGCUGAUGAGGAAUGAUUUCACCUUUGAGUUUCCACGACCCACAAUGCCAAACGUUGUCUACAUGUCAGGGUUCCAGUGCAAACCCUCCAAGCCUCUGCCUAAAGAACUUGAUGAUUUCGUUCAGAGCUCUGGGGAGCACGGCGUCAUUGUGAUGACUUUGGGAACUUUGGUGGAAAAACUCCCAGAGGACAUCGCUGAGGACAUCGCAGCUGCCUUUGCCCAACUUCCUCAGAAGGUGAUCUGGAGACACAAAGGCAAGAGACCAUCCACCCUUGGCAACAACACCUUAAUCUUGGACUGGCUGCCCCAAAACGACCUCCUGGGCCAUCCCAAGACCAAGGUGUUUGUGGCCCACGGAGGUACCAAUGGCAUGCAGGAGGCCAUCUACCACGGUGUCCCCCUGGUGGGUCUGCCCCUCAUGUUCGACCAACCUGACAACUUCUUCAGGAUGGAAGCGAGAGGAGUGGCCAAAGUCCUGGACAUUGCAACCAUCAAUAAGGACAUCUUCCUGGGAGCGCUGAAGGAGGUUCUCUAUGAACCGUCCUACAGGGAGAAGAUGCAGGAGCUGUCCCGUCUUCACAGAGAUCAGCCCAUGAAACCACUGGACCGCGCCAUGUUCUGGAUCAAGUUUGUCAUGAGGCACAAAGGAGCAGCGCAUCUGAGGACAGAAUCUUACAAGAUGUCCAUGAUCCAGUACUACUCUAUCGAUGUGGUGGCCUUUCUGCUGGCGGUGACGUUGACAGUGUUUGCUGUCUUUAUUUAUGUAGUUAAGCUCCUCUGGCAGAAGGUAUUUUAUAGAAAUAAAGUCAAGAAGGAAUAAUGAGGAGCUGAAAAAACUUUUUUUUUUUUAUUCUUUGCAGUUUACAGUAUAGUUUCGGGCUGAGUGUUAAAUUGAUUUUAGCAAUUAAUUCAAAUUUGCUGUUAAUGGCUAUUUGUUUUUAUGAAAAUCUAAACUUUAAAUAGGCAACACCAAUUUCCUCUUCUAUAAUUAUUCAUUCAAACUCUGCAAAAUCUCCGUCUUCGCUUCUACCAUCACCAGCGUCUCAGGAGUGGUGGUGUGUAGCUCUGUGGGAUAAACCGUGAUGGAUAGCUACACUUGAUCUAUGAACGUUUCCAGGUAUUUCUAUCCCGUCCAGGAGGUUUACAAUCCAGCCACUAAAUGUAGUUUUAUUCAGAGACUCUAUCUGGUAAAUCCACAAUGAUCCAUGAUAACAGCAUUAUUUAUCACAUUUCAUCAUAAAAACA